AUGAGGAAGCAGACCAGUAGUGACAGCGAGAACCAGACCACCUGGCUAAUCCUAGAGGGCUUUGGGGAGCUGCAACACCUGGGCUUCCUCGCCGUCACCCUCUUUCUGGCCAUCGAUGUGAUAAUAGUCGGGGGCAACGCCCUCAUCGUGCUGGCUGUAGCCUCCAGUCGGACUCUCCACACACCCAUGUACUUUUUCCUCAGCCACUUCUCCCUGCUGGAGAUUGGCUACACCUCCAACAUCGCGCCUCAGCUGUUGCGGAGCUCCUUGGAAGAGAGGGAAAUCAUCUCGCUGGUCAGCUGUCUGUUCCAGUUCUACCUGUUUGCCUCACUGGCUGCAGCAGAGCGCCUCCUACUCUCUGCCAUGUCCUAUGACCAUUACUUGGCCAUCUGUCACCCCCUUCACUACCCUGCUCUGAUGAGCACCUGGCUGUGUGGCUGCCUGGCUGCUGGAGCCUGGUUCUGUGGCUUCUCCUUCUCUGCCUUCAUUCUGGCCCUGGCAGCCCGUCUGCCCCUCUGCCCUGGCAGCAGGGAGAUUGAUCACUACUUCUGUGACUUUGCUCCAGUUGUAGGGCUGUUCUGUGGUGAUGUGAGGGUCAUGUGGGGAGCUGGAGUGAGCAUCUCAGCCUUCCUGACACUGGCCCUCUUCCUGUUGAUUGUGACAUCCUAUGCCUUCAUCCUACGGACUGUGCUGCGAAUACCUUCAGGUCGUAGAAAGCAGAAAGCCUUCUCCACCUGCUCCUCCCACCUCAGUGCAGUUGGGGUGUUUUAUGGCACCCUCAUUGUGGUCUACGUAGCCCCAAGAGACCACAUGGCCCCCUUCCUCCGGAAGGCCUUCUCUGUCCUCUACACUGUGUUCACCACUAUGGUCAACCCCAUCAUCUACAGCCUCAAGAACCAAGAGGUAAAGGGGGCCCUUCUCAGGCUCUGGGGACAGCUCAUCCCAGGACAUACCCCACUGAGAGGAAUAAGACAACUACUGACUUCUUCCUAG